AUGGGGGAAGGGGAGGGGGUGGGGGGGGUGGGAGGGGACAGCGGCGCCUGCGCAGUGAAGGAAUGUAGGCGGGGCCUCCAUGGCGCCUGCGCAGACGGCCACGGCGCCUGCGCAGACAGCCGCAGCCCUGCUGGGCGCGAAGGGGCUGGCCAAGGGCGGGGGCAGCGAUGGAGGCUGGGCGGGUCGGGCAAGCGGCACCGCGGGGUUGGCUGCUUCCCUGAGGCCGGACUCAACGGGUCUCGGCUGAGCCACCUGGUGAGCUCACCGCCCAGCUCAAACGAGGAGCCUGCGAGGGAGCGAUGCGGUGCCGCGACCAAGAGCAGUGAUGACCUUUUAGCUGGAAUGGCCGGAGGGGUAACGGUGACUAAUGGUGUUAAAGGAAAGAAAAGCACCUGCCCAUCUGCAGCACCUUCAGCAUCUGCCCCUGCCAUGACCACCGUGGAGAACAAAUCCAAGAUUAGCACAGAUGGCUGCCUUCUCUGUGUCUUCACUGGUUCGUCCCUCUGUGUGUGUGUCCUCAUCUCCUCCUCUUACAAGAACACCAGUCGCGUUGGAUUAGGGCCCACCCUAAUGACUUCAUCUUACCUUAAUUACCUCUUUAACUUCAUUAUCCUGUCUCCAGGUGCAGUCACAUUUGAGGUUUUGGGGUUAGGGCUUCAACAUAUUAAUUUUGUGUGUUUUGCGGGGGCACAGUUCAGCCUAUAACAACAUCCUUAUUCUUCAGUUCAUCUGCUCUACCUUUACCUCCUCUAGUUACUUUCCUAAGACUGUUUGAUUUCCGUGUAUCAAUUCACUUGUCUUUACCUCAGAUUAUUCUGUCUACUCAUUACAGUAAUCCAGAGAGGAAUUUUUCUUCUUUUAUCUUUCAAACAUGAACAGACUUUCUCUUUUGUAAGGAUUUCUGAUUUAGAUAAGGAUGCGGUACCACUUACAGAACUAGGGAAAGGAAUUAAUGUUGGGGAAAAAAGUUACCCCAGCCAGGUGCGAUGGUGCACGCCUGUAAUCCCAGCACUUUGGGAGGCCAAGGUGGGCGGAUCACUGGAGCCUAGGAGUUCAAGACCAGCUUGGGCAACAUGCCCAAUGUGGUGAAACCCCGUCUCUACAAAAAAUACAAAAAUUAGCUGGGUAUGGUGGCGUGUGCUUGUAGUCCUAGCUACUGGGGAGGCUGAGGUGGGAGGAUCACCUGAGCCUGGGAGGUAGAGUUGCCGUGAUCUGUGAUGGCACAACUGCACUCUAGCCUGGGUGACAGAGCCUCAAAAAAAAAAAAAAAAAAAAAAAAAGAGUUAUGCCAUCUUUUUCCAUUUUUGGCCUCCGUAUACAGUUAUUUCUCCCAGUCUGAUUACUUUUGCCUUUCAUAUCUGUCACAGAUUUCUUGCCUCUUCUGUGUUCUUAAUUAUUAAUAAAUACAGAGCAAUA